AUGCCCAUAAAGUAUCGUUCCAUCGCUUUCAAGCCGAGUGCCACCGUAGCGGGCCUUAUCAACAAGCGGACGAUUGCAAAGAAUCGGCUUGAUUUGGAUAUCAGCAGGAUUUCGUGCAUAUGGCUAUCAUUGUGUGCGGACUAUUCAGCAAUCUGCUUGUCUUCUGGUUCUUUGGGAUUUUCAUGGAUGAAACUGUCAUUGAAUGUCGACAUGUUUUCGUGCGUAUGGCUAUCAUUGUAUGUGGGAUAUUCAGCAAGCUACUUGUCUUCUGGUGCAUUGGGAUUUCUAUGGAUGCAGCUGUCAUUGGAUGCCAACAUGUUGACGUGCAUAUGGCUAUCAUUGUAUGUGUGCUAUUCAGCAAGCUACUUGUCUUCUGGUGCAUUGGGAUUAUCAUGGAUGAAGCUGCCAUUGCGAGAUACUUGUCUUGUUCCCUUUGGAUGCUUGAUUGAUGCAGCUAUCAUUGGAUGUCGACAGGGUUUUAUUCAUAUGGCUUUCAUUGUAUGUGGGAUAUUCAGCAAGCUACUUGUAUUUUGGUCCUUUGGAAUAUUCAUGGAUGCAGCUAUCAUUGCUAAGUAUCGUUCUAUGGAUUCGGGUCAAAGAGCAACGUCGACAGCAUCCUUCAGUGUCAGCUUGCCUAUUACAUCGUUCGAUGGUUUUCGUUACUGUACCACCUAUUGGACGCUUCCUUUUAUAAGCAUCUACAGCGGCAAGGCAACAAUUGUUGACAAUCCUUUCAAUGGACAUCCUGCUACGCAUGCCUGUUAUUGGUGGAUCAUAUCAGCUACAAGCAAGAAGCAGCAAUGA